UGACAAAUUUUAAUGCUACCAAUGACGAUCAGUAAUUAUACAAACAGUAGAUGAUUUGGAGCAGAUAUUUGUCAGUCUUAUAUUAAGUGAGUUCUAGUCAACAUCAUCAUCCGAGAUCAUAGUAAAGAAGCAUAAUGAGGUCGGAAAAUGUACUGCUUUUCGCUUUAAUCGCAUUGGUAUUCGUGGACCAGACUUCCGAAGCAUGGAGAAGCGAUCGACAGCCCAAAGUGAUGGGGGACAAAAUACCACAAAGUGCGCUACUACCCAAUAGGAAACCAUUACAGAACAAGAUCGUGUUGUACCACAACUACUUUCGAACGAGAGUGGUGCCGAGGGCUGCCAACAUGUUGAGGAUGAAAUGGAAUCAUGAGGUGGCCCGAUCAGCUCAGCGAUGGUCGGACGCUUGUAUGCUGUUAACCCACGACAAUGCAACCGGAAGAUUCAUUGACAACUUCGGUUCAUGCGGUCAAAACAUUUUUGUAUCAUCACAUCAAGUUCCUUGGUUAUUUGCCAUAAAAACGUGGUGGUUAGAAAAAGACAAUUUCACAUUUGGUGGCGACAAUAACGACCUAUACGUGAUAGGUCACUACACUCAAUUGGUAUGGGCAACAAGCCAUCAGGUUGGAUGCGGUUUUACCAAGUGCGAUAGAGUGGGUAACAAUAAAGGAAGAGGCUAUUACAGUUACGUGUGCAAUUAUUGCCCCAUAGGUAAUCACCCCGAAAGGCUAGGUACCCCUUACAGAAGAGGCAGACCGUGCGGAAUGUGUCGCCGCAAAUGUCACGCCAAAAAACUAUGCACGAACGCAUGUCCCGUUGCCGAUUAUUGGGCAAACUGUCGAGAGUUACACGCGGUUUGGCCGAACUGGUUGUGCGAUCGGAGCACCGAGAGAGGCGAAGAAAGGACCGAGUACUGUCAAGCAACUUGUAAAUGUAGGGGUACCAUUCGACAAUAACAUAAGUGUUUUUGAUGUAUAGCUUAUUUUUAAAUUGUAUUCCUGCCCUGUGUAAUUAAUGCAAAUGAUAUGAGGAAAUAAUUUGUAGUAUAACUUGUAGCACUUAGUAGUCUCAUUGUAGUGUACUAAUCUGCCAAAUUCGUUUGGUUUACUUAAUGUUUUGUAUGUUUUGUCAGUGAAAGCAAAAUAAUUAUUAUGCAACUUUGUAAUCUUCGUGAAAAUAAGAUAUAUUUUUGGCCUA